CAGAAAGAAAUGCCCACAUCCACAAACACAGCCAUCCAUCCGUCCGUACACUGGUCUGAACUGUUUGUCGAACGACUUUUCAAACGCUUGCGAGCACACAGCAAAUUAGUCUAAAGAGAAAUAUCGACACGAAAAAUUAUUUUUACAUUGACAUCCACUCUGCAGCCAACGAACCAAAUUUGCGGUGUAUCAAACAAAAACAACGGGGUCAACAGACUGACUGCGUGCGUUUAGACGCAGGGUUUGUUGCAUGCAUACAUGGACAGACAAUUCGUUGGUCUCUUAGAACAUUAACGUCAUUUUUUUCAUUAAUUAAAUAUUGAGUGGAUUAUUUUUUAAUUGAAUCGUGAAGAGUGAAAAAGAAAUCACGUCAGAAUUUUGGAUUCGUUUUUUUUUUUUUUUUUUUUUUGGUGAAAGCUGAAGUCAUUUUUUGGUACUAAACAAAAAUGGCUGAAGCUGAAGGAGGAUCGGAGCAGGAUGAUGUUUCAUUCUUGAGGACGGAAGACAUGGUGUGCCUCUCGUGCACGGCAACGGGUGAGCGCGUAUGUCUGGCCGCUGAGGGUUUCGGCAACCGUCAUUGUUUUCUGGAAAACAUCGCCGAUAAAAAUGUGCCACCCGAUCUAUCACAGUGCGUGUUUGUCAUCGAACAGGCGCUGUCCGUGCGCGCCCUGCAGGAAUUGGUGACAGCGGCCGGAUCAGAGACGGAUCGUCAGUUCGGCAAAGGUACUGGAUCCGGCCAUAGGACACUGCUCUAUGGCAAUGCUAUACUGUUGCGUCACAACAACAGUGACAUGUACCUGGCUUGUCUUUCGACAUCAUCGUCCAACGACAAAUUAUCCUUCGACGUCGGUCUGCAAGAGCACAGUCAAGGCGAGGCAUGCUGGUGGACCGUGCAUCCGGCCAGCAAGCAGCGUUCCGAGGGCGAGAAGGUGCGCGUGGGUGACGACUUGAUUUUAGUUUCAGUGGCAACCGAACGUUAUUUGCAUACGACCAAGGAGAACGAGCAAUCAAUUGUCAAUGCCAGCUUCCAUGUAACACACUGGUCAGUGCAACCCUAUGGCACUGGCAUAUCACGCAUGAAAUAUGUGGGCUAUGUAUUCGGCGGCGAUGUUUUGCGAUUCUUCCACGGCGGUGACGAGUGUCUAACCAUACCCAGUACAUGGGGGCGAGAGGCGGGGCAAAACAUUGUGGUGUACGAAGGUGGGUCAGUCAUGUCUCAGGCCCGUUCAUUGUGGCGCUUGGAAUUGGCACGCACCAAAUGGACUGGCGGAUUCAUCAACUGGUUCCAUCCCAUGCGAAUUCGACACAUAACAACUGGACGCUAUUUGGGCGUCAACGACAAUAACGAAUUAAUUUUGGUCAAAAAGGAAGAAGCAUCCAUUGCUACAACGACUUUCUGUCUCAGACAGGAAAAGGACGACGAGAAAAAAGUACUCGAAGAUAAGGAUUUAGAAGUGAUCGGCUCACCGAUCAUCAAAUACGGCGAUACCACCGUCAUUGUACAGCACUGUGAGACUAGCCUGUGGCUCAGUUACAAGAGCUACGAGACAAAGAAGAAGGGCGUCGGCAAGGUCGAGGAGAAGCAAGCCAUUCUGCACGAAGAAGGCAAAAUGGAUGAUUGCCUGGAUUUCUCGCGCUCCCAGGAGGAAGAAUCAAAAACUGCUCGCGUUAUUCGCAAAUGCAGCAGUCUCUUUACACAAUUUAUUAAUGCUUUGGAAACCUUACAGAACAAUCGUCGUCAUUCAAUCUUUUUCCAAAAAGUAAAUCUCAACGAAAUGGUUAUGUGCCUUGAAGAUUUGAUCAACUACUUCUCUCAACCCCCCGACGAUAUGGAACACGAGGAGAAACAGAAUCGUUUUCGUGCCUUGCGCAAUCGCCAAGAUCUCUUCCAAGAGGAGGGUGUCUUAAAUCUUAUUCUCGAAGCCAUUGAUAAAAUCAAUAUAAUCACCUCGCAGGGCUUCCUGGCCAGCUUUUUGGCCGGCGAUGAGAUGGGUCAAAGCUGGGAUCUGAUCUCUACAUAUCUUUACCAACUGUUGGCUGCCAUUAUUCAAGGCAACCACACAAAUUGUGCCCAGUUUGCCAAUAGCAAUCGUCUGAAUUGGUUGUUCUCCCGCUUGGGUUCCCAGGCCUCCAGUGAGGGCUCCGGCAUGUUGGACGUAUUGCACUGUGUGCUGAUUGAUUCUCCCGAAGCCUUGAAUAUGAUGCGGGACGAACACAUUAAAGUGAUCAUUUCCCUUUUGGAGAAACACGGUCGCGAUCCAAAAGUCUUGGAUGUCCUGUGUUCCUUGUGUGUGGGUAAUGGCGUGGCAGUGCGCUCUUCGCAGAACAACAUUUGCGAUUUUCUGCUUCCCGGCAAGAAUUUGCUGCUGCAAACGCAAUUGGUGGACCAUGUGGCCAGUAUUCGUCCGAAUAUUUUUGUUGGACGCGUAGAGAACUCCGCCAUGUACCAGAAGUGGUAUUUUGAAGUAACCAUGGAUCACAUCGAACAAACCACUCACAUGAUGCCGCACUUGCGUAUUGGUUGGGCCAAUACUGCGGGCUACGUCCCAUAUCCAGGUGGUGGCAAGAAGUGGGGUGGUAAUGGCGUUGGUGAUGAUUUGUACUCAUUUGGCUUUGAUGGGGCUUACUUGUGGACCGGAGGUCGUAAAACGCUUGUCACCGAUGUUAUCCCUGAAGAGCCCUAUAUUCGCAAAGGCGAUGUAAUUGGAGUUACCAUUGAUUUGUCGAUCCCCAUCAUUACCUUUACAUUUAAUGGACUUAAGGUUAAGGGAUGCUUCCGCGACUUUAACCUCGAUGGCAUGUUCUUCCCCGUUAUGAGUUGUUCUUCCAAGCUAAGUUGUCGUUUUCUGUUCGGAGGAGAUCAUGGUCGCUUGAAAUUUGCUCCACCACCGGGAUUUUCCCCUCUCGUACAAUGUUUAAUGCCACAUCAAAUUUUAAGUUUGGAUCCUUGCUUCUAUUUCGGAAAUCUAACCAAAAACGUCUUGGCUGGACCCUGGAUGAUAGAGGACGAUACAGCCUUUGUGCCCAAUCCAGUGGAUACAUCGGGUGUAACUCUUCCAUCUUCCGUCGAUCAGAUAAAGGAGAAACUUGCCGAAAAUAUCCAUGAAAUGUGGGCUCUAAACAAGAUUGAAGCUGGUUGGUCGUGGGGCGAACACCGCGAUGACUAUCAUCGCAUACAUCCAUGCUUAACGCAGUUCGAAAAGUUGCCACCUGCGGAGAAACGUUACGAUAACCAGCUAGCAGUACAGACACUGAAAACCAUUAUUGCUUUGGGCUAUUAUAUUACAAUGGACAAGCCUCCGGCUCGUAUUAGACCCAUUCGCUUGCCCAAUGAAAUAUUUAUGCAAGCCAAUGGCUAUAAGCCAGCUCCCUUGGACCUUAGUGCAGUUACGUUAACGCCCAAGCUUGAAGAACUUGUGGAUCAAUUGGCUGAAAAUACACACAACCUUUGGGCCAGAGAACGCAUUCAACAGGGUUGGACAUAUGGUCUCAACGAAGAUUCGGAAAAUUUGCGUAGUCCCCAUCUAGUUCCCUACUCCAAGGUAGACGAGGCUAUUAAAAAGGCAAAUCGUGACACAGCGUCAGAAACUGUGCGCACACUUUUGGUCUACGGUUAUGUUCUCGAUCCACCCACCGGCGAAGGAAAUGAGGCUCUCCUAGCUGAGGCUUUGCGUCUGAAGUUUGCGGCCUUCAGGACAUAUCGCGUGGAGCGUAAUUAUGCCGUAACAUCGGGUAAAUGGUAUUUUGAAUUCGAGGUUCUCACUUCUGGACCAAUGCGCGUUGGUUGGGCCAGAGCGGACUGCAACCCUGGUGCUAUGUUGGGCAGCGAAGACACCAGUUGGGCAUUUGAUGGUCACAACGAAGAGAAGGUUUUUGGCGGCGUAAGUGAAUCGUUUGGUAAACAAUGCGGUCCCGGCGACAUAGUUGGUGUCUUCUUAGAUCUCGCCGAUCACACAAUCAGUUUCUCGUUGAACGGUGAGCUGUUGAUGGACGCUCUGGGCGGUGAAACCACAUUUGCCGAUGUUACGGCAGAGGGUGUCGGAUUUGUACCGGCCUGUACCUUGGGAGUGGGCCAAAAGGCUCGCCUUAUCUAUGGUCAAGAUGUGGAUUCUCUGAGGUUCUUCACCACAUGUGGUCUGCAAGAAGGCUACGAACCUUUCUGUGUGAAUAUGCGGCGACCAGUAACCCAUUGGUAUACCAAAGAUCAACCGAUUUUCGAAAAUACCGAGGAAAUGCCCGAUUGUCGCAUUGAUGUUACCCGUAUUCCGGGCGGAUCGGACACACCGCCACAUCUCAAAAUAUCUCACAACACAUUCGAGACCAUGGAAAAGGCCAAUUGGGAGUUCUUACGUCUCUCACUCCCUGUAACAUGCAUGGGCGAAUUCAUUAGCGAAGCCGAAAAGGCCCGGCGCUGGGAAGAGAUUAAAAUGCGGCAAUACCGUCUAAUGCGCGAGGCCCAAGAAAUUGCCCAGCAACAGACCUCGGCGCACAUGGAUCACAUGCUGAAGAGCGGAUUCUCAAUGAACGACAUUAAGGGUUUGAAUCGAAACUACGAUGACACGGCCGAGGCGGACGAAAACAUGGCCAGGAGUCCAGCCAGGCCACCGCGCAGGGCUUCGAUGACCCGCAACAUUACAUUCGAAUCGGAUUUGGGCGUGUCAGAGGAACUGCAACGAUCCACGUCUGCGCUCGACAUGAACGGCAUUGAGGAUGGUGGCGCAAUGGACGAUAAGAAAAAGCGUGGCCGUAGUCCGUUCAAGUUCUUCUCGAAAAAGACACGCGACCAAAGUAAGGACAAGCUACCCGGCAGAGCUCCGGAAGUAAGUCCGGAGAGACGCACUGCUAUGACGCAAGGUCGUAGCGCUGCCGCUUCCCAACUAACAGCCAAGGCUCCGUCUUUGCGUUUAAACAAUACGGAAAUGCCCCAAACUCCUACUCAGGGACCUAAGGCCUUGAGUGGCGGCAAUUUGGGCCAGCCUGCCGUUGAGUCUUCGGGCGACGAGAUGUUUGACGCCGAGUGCCUCAAACUGAUCAACGAAUACUUCUAUGGUGUGCGCAUCUUCCCCGGUCAAGACCCCACACACGUCUAUGUGGGUUGGGUAACAACACAGUACCACCUGCAUAGCAAAGAGUUCAACAAAGAUAAAGUUCGUCGGGGUUCGGUCAUCAUUGAGGAUGACUACGAGAUGCCGAUUGAGCGCAUUAACCGACAGAGUUGUUAUGUGGUGCGCGCUGACGAACUGUUUAACGAAGUCACACAGGAUGCCUCCGGCAAGGGGGCUUCGCAGGGCAUGUUUGUCGGCUGUUUCGUAGAUACCGCCACCGGCAUGAUAAGUUUCACCUGCGAAGGCAAGCCAACAUCGCAUCGUUGGCAAAUGGAGCCCAACACUAAACUCUUCCCGGCGAUUUUCGUGGAAGCGACCAGCAAGGAAAUUCUGCAAAUUGAAUUGGGUCGCACAGCCACUACACUGCCACUCUCUGCUGCUGUACUGCCGACCAGCGAUAAACAUAUCAACCCCCAAUCUCCACCUCGUCUAAAGGUGCAAUGUCUGCGACCCCACCAGUGGGCUCGCGUACCAAACACAGCCCUUCAAGUUCAUGCUCUAAAGCUUUCCGAUAUUCGCGGUUGGUCCAUGUUGUGUGAAGAUCCGGUCUCCAUGUUGGCCCUUCACAUACCCGAAGAGGACCGGUGCAUCGACAUUCUGGAACUGAUCGAAAUGGACAAGCUGUUAUCCUUCCACGCUCACACGCUGACCCUGUAUGCCGCUCUUUGCUAUCAGUCGAAUUAUAGGGCGGCUCAUGCUCUGUGCCAGCAUGUCGAUCAAAAACAACUGCUGUACGCCAUACGCUCCGAAUACAUGAGUGGACCCCUGCGCCAGGGAUUCUACGAUCUGCUGAUCGCAUUGCAUUUAGAAUCACAUGCUACCACAAUGGAGGCCUGCAAAAUGGAAUACAUCAUCCCCCUGGGGCCCGAGUUGAAAUUCCUUUACGACGACGAAGAAAUGCGUCAUUCGCUCAGGUCGCUGGUUACCGAAUCAGUUCGGCCACAGAUGCGAAUGACGGAAAUAACUCCUAUAAGUAUCCAAACAAAUGCUUCCAGUGAACCAAUACCAGACAUCGAUCACCUGUACUCCCCGAAAUUCCCCCUAGAAGUAGUGCGCGAGUUCGUCAUGGAAGCGUUGAAGGAAGCGGUGGAGAUCAACCAGGUCCAUAAUAGAGAUCCCAUCGGCUGGACCAAUGAGAAUCUAUUCCUGCCACUGCUGAAGCUAACCGAUCGUCUAUUUCUUGUCGGAGUUAUGACCGAUGAAGACGUCCAAAAACUAUUGGUGAUGAUCGAUCCCGAGACCUGGGACCCAUCUUUCGAAAAGGAUGGAAAGGAUGAGCACCGCAAGGGCUUGCUUACUAUGAAGAUGGCCGAAGGUGCCAAGUUGCAGAUGUGCUAUCUACUGCAUCAUCUCUACGACAUCCAGCUGAGACAUCGCGUGGAAAGCAUAAUUGCAUUCUCACAUGACUUUGUGGGCGAUCUGCAAGCAGAUCAGCUGCGUCGUUACAUUGAAAUCAAACAAUCUGACCUUCCAAGUGCUGUAGCAGCCAAAAAGACGAAGGAGUUCCGUUGUCCGCCUAGAGAACAAAUGAACCAAAUCCUAUGCUUUAAGAAUUUAGAACCAGACGACCAUGAAAAUUGCACUUGCGGUCUGGAGUUGCGAGGAAGUUUGUACGAUUUUCAUGACAGUCUCAUGAAGAAGGUGUCUUUGAACGCUUUGCAGGAGCCCGACGAAGCGGAGAGCACUGCGGUCGAAGAAGUGAAAACGGGACCAAUCACAAAGAUAUACAACUUUAUUAACACGGUGAAGGAACUUGAAGAGGGCCCCAAAGAAGUUGAGGAACCCGAGAAGAAGACUCCCGAAGAAGUGUUCCGCAAAGUUUUGAUCAAGACCAUUGUGAGUUGGGCGGAGGAAUCACAAAUCGAGACCCCCAAAUUGGUCCGUGAAAUGUUCAGCCUACUCGUGAGGCAGUACGACACGGUGGGUGAAUUGGUGAGAGCUCUUGAAAAAACGUACGUAAUCAAUAACAAGGCCCGCGAUGAUGUUGCUGAAAUGUGGGUUGGUUUGAGCCAAAUCCGUGCGUUGCUUCCUGUCCAAAUGAGCCAGGAGGAGGAAGAGUUGAUGAGGAAGCGAUUGUGGAAAUUAGUCAACAAUGCUACAUUCUUCCAACAUCCGGAUUUGAUACGCAUUCUGCGCAUCCACGAGAAUGUGAUGGCUGUUAUGAUGAACACUCUUGGGAGACGAGCUCAGGCCCAAAGUGAUGCCCCGGCCCAACAGGAGGGAAUGGAGGGAGCCCCACCCAAGGAGAAGGACACUUCGCACGAGAUGGUGGUGGCUUGCUGUCGUUUCCUCUGCUACUUCUGCCGAACUGGACGACAGAAUCAAAAAGCCAUGUUCGACCACUUCGACUUUUUGCUGGACAACGCCAAUAUUCUGUUAGCGAGACCCAGUUUGCGCGGAUCCACACCUCUGGACGUGGCAUACUCGAGUUUGAUGGAGAACACAGAAUUAGCUCUGGCCUUAAGAGAACACUAUCUGGAAAAGAUUGCCGUCUAUCUGUCGCGAUGCGGUCUGCAGAGCAACUCUGAAUUGGUUGAGAAGGGAUACCCCGACUUAGGUUGGGAUCCCGUUGAGGGCGAGCGCUAUUUGGACUUCCUACGCUAUUGCGUAUGGGUGAAUGGUGAAAGUGUCGAAGAGAAUGCCAACCUUGUCAUUCGUCUUCUUAUCCGUCGUCCAGAAUGUUUAGGGCCGGCUCUAAGAGGAGAAGGGGAAGGUCUAUUCCGAGCCAUUGUUGAGGCCAACCGUAUGUCAGAACGCAUCUCAGAUCGAUAUAAAAUGCAAGACGAAGCCGAAGGUACCAUCGCCGGCUUAAAUUUCUCCCAUCCCCUUCCGGAGGGCGAUGAAGACGAAGAUUACAUCGACACCGGUGCCGCGAUUUUGAACUUCUACUGUACACUGGUAGAUCUUCUCGGCAGGUGCGCGCCCGACGCUUCCGUAAUCGAGCAAGGCAAAAACGAAUCGCUGCGAGCUAGAGCUAUUUUGAGAUCUCUUGUGCCACUGGAGGAUCUUCAGGGCGUCCUCAGCUUGAAGUUCACACUCACCCAAACUGCGCCGGGAGAGGAAAAGCCUAAGUCGGAUAUGCCAUCCGGCCUAUUGCCGAACAACAAACAAAGUAUCGUUCUCUUCUUGGAACGCGUAUACGGCAUCGAGACGCAGGAGCUCUUCUACCGCUUACUGGAAGACGCCUUCCUGCCCGAUCUCCGAACUGCCACCAUCCUCGACAAGAGCGAUGGUUCCGAGAGCGACAUGGCCCUUUCGAUGAAUCGAUACAUCGGCAAUUCCAUUUUGCCCCUGCUCAUCAAGCAUUCGAAAUUCUACAAUGAGGCAGAAAACUAUGCCAGUCUAUUGGAUGCAACAUUGCACACGGUCUACAGAUUGUCUAAGAACCGUAUGCUCACAAAGGGCCAGAGAGAAGCCGUAUCCGACUUUUUGGUGGCACUGACAUCGCAAAUGCAACCUGCAAUGUUGUUGAAACUUUUGCGCAAGUUGACGGUCGAUGUCUCCAAACUAUCCGAGUACACGACUGUGGCUUUGAGGCUCCUGACAUUGCACUUCGAUCGCUGCGCCAAAUACUACGGCUCCAGUCAAGGCCAGGGGUCCUAUGGAGCAGCGUCUGACGAAGAAAAACGUCUCACUAUGCUCUUGUUCUCUAACAUUUUUGACUCACUCAGCAACAUGGACUACGACCCAGAAUUGUUUGGCAAGGCUUUGCCAUGUUUGAUUGCAAUUGGUUGUGCUUUGCCACCGGACUACAGCUUGUCCAAGAACUCGGACGAAGAUUAUUACGGUCGCCAGUCUGGUGCUCCCGAUCAGCCGCAAUACGAUCCCAAUCCCAUCGAGACGUCAAAUGUUAAUUUGACACAUGACUACAAUUCUCUGGUUGAGAAGUUCAGCGAACACUACCACGACGCCUGGGCUAGUCGCCGUUUAGAAAGUGGUUGGACCUAUGGUGAAGUGCGAUCGGACACGGACCGUAAACACCCUAGGCUCAAGCCAUGCAACAUGCUUACCGAAUAUGAACGUGAACGAUAUAGGGACCCUGUCAGGGAGUGCCUUAAGGCCUUACUGGCCCUUGGGUGGACCAUCGAACAUUCGGAAAUAGAAGUGCCACAGAAUAAUCGUGGUUCAACCAGACGUCAAUCUAAACCCCAAAUUAACGACUUCCAGAAUGAAGGCAGUUCAUUUAACUACAACCCACACCCAGUGGAUAUGACCAAUUUGACACUGAGCAGAGAAAUGCAGAACAUGGCCGAACGCCUGGCAGAGAACUCCCAUGACAUUUGGGCCAAAAAGAAGAAGGAGGAACUCAACUCAUGUGGUGGAGUCAUUCAUCCCCAACUUGUGCCCUAUGAUUUGCUGACGGAUAAGGAGAAGCGCAAGGAUCGCGAGAGAUCGCAAGAGUUCUUGAAAUACAUGCAGUAUCAGGGCUACAAGCUACACAAGCCAUCUAAAGGUGGAGCCUUGGAGGGCGAAGGCGGAGCAACACAGGCAUCGGCCGAGUUGAGGUUUUCGUACUCCCUACUAGAAAAACUGAUCCAGUACCUGGACCGUGCAACUAUCAACAUGAAGUUGCUCAAGCCGUCGACCACGUUCAGCAGACGAACCUCCUUCAAGACUGCUUCGCGCGACAUUAAAUUCUUUUCGAAGGUGGUCUUGCCUCUGAUGGAAAAGUACUUCUCGACGCACCGAAACUACUUCAUUGCCGUGGCCACAGCUACCAACAAUGUGGGUGCUGCUUCAUUGAAGGAAAAGGAAAUGGUGGCAGCAAUCUUCUGUAAGCUGGCUUCGUUGUUGCGAAACCGCUUGACCGCCUUCGGCCCCGAUGUGCGCAUAACGGUCCGUUGUCUUCAAGUACUGGUUAAGGGCAUAGAUGCUCGCACACUCGUAAAGAACUGUCCCGAGUUCAUUAGAACGUCCAUGUUGACGUUCUUCAACCAAACUGCCGAUGAUUUGGGCAACACAAUCCUUAAUUUACAGGAUGGCAAGUACAGUCAUCUGAGAGGAACGCAUCUAAAGACGUCCACAUCGCUGGGUUACAUAAACCAGGUGGUAAUGCCCGUUUUAACAGCCAUGUUCGAUCACUUGGCGGCCUGUGACUAUGGCAGCGACUUACUUCUGGACGAAAUUCAAGUGGCCUCCUAUAAGAUAUUGGCAGCUCUGUAUCACCUGGGAACAGAUGGUUCUCUGACACAAGAUCGCAAAUAUUUGAAAACCGAGAUCGAAAGACAUCGUCCGGCUUUGGGCUCUUGCCUGGGAGCCUUCAGUUCCUGCUUCCCGGUUGCUUUCUUUGAGCCCCACUUGAACAAGCACAAUCAGUUCUCGCUUCUCAAUCGCAUAGCCGACCAUUCGUUGGAGGCCCAAGACAUUAUGGUAAAAAUGGAGAGCUGUAUGCCGAAUUUGGAGACGGUAUUGGCCGAAGUCGACCAGUUCGUGGAAUCCGACAAGACCUAUCAUGACGCCCCUCAUGUCAUUGAUGUAAUUUUGCCACUUCUCUGUUCGUAUCUGCCAUUCUGGUGGUCGCAGGGACCCGACAAUGUCAGUCCCACCAGCGGAAACCACGUCACAAUGGUCACAGCCGAUCACAUGAAUUCGUUGCUGCGCAACGUCCUGAAGAUGAUCAAAAAGAACAUUGGCAACGACAAUGCCCCCUGGAUGACCAGGAUCGCCGCAUACACCCAGCAGAUAAUCAUCAAUACGUCCGAGGAACUGCUUAAGGAUCCCUUCUUGCCGUUGGCAGAGCGAGUUAAGAAACGCACCGAGAACAUGUUCCACAAGGAGGAGAGUAUGCGCGGCUUCAUUAAAUCCGCCACAGACGACACGUCUCAAGUUGAGACCCAGCUGCAAGAAGAUUGGAAUCUGCUCGUACGCGAUAUCUACUCAUUCUAUCCGCUUCUGAUCAAAUACGUCGAUUUACAACGUAAUCAUUGGCUGAAGGACAAUAUACCCGAGGCCGAAGAACUGUACAACCAUGUGGCGGAAAUCUUUAACAUAUGGUCCAAGAGUCAAUACUUCCUCAAGGAAGAGCAAAACUUUAUUUCGGCCAAUGAAAUCGACAACAUGGCCUUGAUCAUGCCGACGGCUACUAGGCGAUCGGCCAUUACAGAGGGUGCCCCAGUAACCGGCGGAAAGGUGAAGAAGAAAAAGAAGAAUCGCGAUAAGAAACGCGACAAGGACAAGGAGAUCCAAGCCAGUUUAAUGGUGGCCUGUCUGAAACGUCUUCUGCCCGUGGGCCUCAAUCUGUUCGCUGGCCGUGAACAAGAAUUGGUGCAGCAUUGCAAGGACCGGUACUUGAAGAAAAUGCCCGAGUACGAUGUCAUCGAAUUCGCACGAAAUCAGCUGACCCUACCCGAUAAAUUGGAUCCCUCGGACGAAAUGUCGUGGCAGCACUAUUUAUAUUCCAAGCUUGGCAAGAAGGAGGAGCCCACCGAAGAGCAGACUGCCAUCGAGAAGGCGGCCAACCAAAACGAUAAGGGUCGAGACAAGACCCAAGAAACCGUAGAUCGUAUUGUGGCCAUGGCCAAAGUCUUAUAUGGUCUGCACAUGAUCGAUCAUCCCCAACAGCAAAGCAAAAAUGUCUACAGGAGCGUCGUUUCUAUACAAAGGAAGCGCGCCGUUAUCGCGUGUUUCCGUCAGACAUCUCUACAUUCUCUUCCAAGACAUCGCGCUUGUAAUAUUUUCGCUCGCACUUACUAUGAACAGUGGCUGCAGGAGGAAAAUGUGGGUCAAGAGGUGAUGAUCGAAGACCUUACCCAAACCUUCGAAGAUUUCGAGAAAUCGAAGAAGGACGAAGACGAAACGGAGGCCAAACCAGAUCCUUUAACUCAAUUGGUUACCACCUUCUGUCGCGGUGCUAUGACUGAACGAAGUGGCGCAUUGCAAGAGGACCCAUUGUACAUGUCAUAUGCACAAAUAGCCGCCAAAUCCUGUGGCGAAGAAGAAGAGGAGGGUGGUGACGAAGAAGGUGGCGAAGAAGAAGGCGAAGGCACCAGCAUUCAUGAACAAGAAAUGGAAAAACAGAAAUUGCUCUUCCAUCAAGCCCGCCUGUCGAAUCGCGGUGUCGCUGAAAUGGUCCUGCUUCAUAUCUCAGCGUCCAAGGGUAUACCGUCAGAAAUGGUCAUGACCACACUCAAUCUGGGCAUUUCGAUACUGCGUGGUGGCAACAUUGACAUUCAAAUGGGAAUGUUGAAUCAUCUGAAGGAGAAGAAGGACGUCGGUUUCUUCACCUCCAUAGCCGGCUUAAUGAAUUCAUGCAGUGUCCUGGAUUUGGAUGCGUUCGAGAGAAACACCAAAGCUGAAGAAUACAUUCCAAGUGCGGGUGCAGGUCUUGGUGUCGGCUCGGAGGGUGCUGCUGGCGAGAAAAACAUGCACGAUGCUGAAUUUACGUGUGCGCUCUUCCGUUUCAUCCAACUGACUUGCGAAGGACAUAACUUGGAGUGGCAGAACUAUUUGCGUACCCAGGCUGGCAACACGACAACUGUCAAUGUGGUCAUCUGUACGGUCGAUUAUCUACUGCGUCUGCAGGAAUCAAUCAUGGACUUCUACUGGCAUUACUCGAGCAAGGAAAUAAUAGAUCCGGCGGGAAAAGCAAACUUUUUCAAAGCCAUCGGUGUGGCCAGUCAGGUUUUCAACACGCUUACUGAAGUCAUUCAAGGUCCCUGUACGCUCAAUCAACAGGCAUUGGCCCACUCCAGAUUGUGGGAUGCUGUGGGCGGUUUCCUCUUCCUGUUCUCACACAUGCAGGAGAAGCUGUCGAAACACUCCAGUCAGGUGGACCUUCUGAAGGAGCUUUUGAAUCUACAAAAGGACAUGAUCACCAUGAUGCUCUCCAUGUUGGAGGGUAAUGUUGUUAACGGUACGAUUGGUAAACAGAUGGUGGACACUCUGGUAGAAUCAGCCGGCAACGUCGAGUUGAUCUUGAAAUAUUUCGAUAUGUUCUUGAAAUUGAAGGAUCUUAUUGAAUCCCCCAGUUUCAUGGAAAUCGAUAUCAAGAACGAGGGCUGGGUUACACCGAAAGACUUCCGCGACAAAAUGGAACAAUCGAAGAACUACACACCCGAGGAAAUUGACUUUUUGCUGGCCUGCUGUGAACGGAACCACGAGGGCAAAAUCGAUUAUGCAGGCUUCGUGGAUCGUUUCCAUGAACCCUCGAAGGAGAUUGGUUUCAAUCUGGCUGUGCUGUUGACAAAUUUGAGUGAGCACAUGCCCAACGAACCACGCUUGGCUCGCUUCCUGGAAACUGCCGGAUCGGUAUUGAACUAUUUCGAACCAUUCUUGGGCCGCAUAGAAAUCCUGGGUAGCUCCAAGAGAAUUGAACGUGUCUACUUUGAGAUUAAGGACUCCAACAUCGAGCAGUGGGAGAAACCCCAGAUUAGGGAAUCGAAGCGGGCCUUCUUCUAUUCUAUUGUAACUGAGGGCGGCGACAAAGAAAAGCUUGAGGCUUUCGUCAAUUUCUGUGAGGAUGCCAUUUUUGAAAUGACACACGCCUCCGGCCUGAUGGCUACGGAUGAUGGUGGCGGCAACGUCAAGCGUGAUACCUCCUACAGUUCGUACAUGAGUGAGGAGGAGGAAGAACGUGCUGCUCGUGAUCCCAUCAGACGCACCAUAAACGCUGUCAAGGAAGGUCUGAAAUUCGGUGUUCACAUGUUGAGUCCGUCUAACAUCAAACACCAGAUCGGCGUAAUGCAAACGAAAACGGUUCCGGAAUUGAUUAUUGGCUUCUUCAAGAUUAUUUUCUACAUGUUCUACUACACUGGAUACGCCCACUUUGCGGUUGUUCGUUACAUUUUCGGCAUACUUAUGAACUUGAUGCGAGGUCCCGCACCCGAAGAAGUUGAAGAGGCUCCAGUUGAGGAAGAAACAUUUGGCAGAGCGUUACCUCCUUUGCCCAUCGAAGAACCACCGGGCACGGUUCAGGCAUUUGGUCUCGACAUCAAUAAGGAAGAAAACGGACAAUAUAAGGUUACGGUACACGAAUCGUCGGGCGGCAGUCCAUCGUCUUCAAUGGAAGAAACUGGAGAGUCCAGUCCAGAAGACGGCGGUCCAGCUGGUGAGGUGCCAGUUGAGGGCGAGGCUCAUCACCCUGAACCCGUGUCGAUCGUUGACCUGCUUGGAGGAGAAGCUGCUAAAAAGGCUGCCCAAGAACGCCAAGAAGCCCAAAAGGCUCAAGAAGCUGCAAUGGCCUCCAUCGAAGCAGAAGCCAAAAAGUCAUCCAGCGCUCCCCAGGAAACUCCAGCUGUCAAUCAAAUUGACUUCUCGCAAUACACUCACCGUGCCGUCAGUUUCUUGGCUCGUAACUUCUACAAUCUGAAAUAUGUCGCUUUGGUCUUGGCAUUCAGCAUCAAUUUCAUGCUGCUCUUCUACAAGGUUACAUCGUUGACGGACGAUGAAGAGUCAUCGGGCGAUGAUGUCCUGAUUUUAGGUUCUGGUUCUGGCGCUGGUUUGGCAGGUUCCGGUAUGGGCUCGGGUGAUGGAUCAGGUGAUGGCGAGGGAGAAGAGGACGAAAUACCUGAAAUGGUGCACGUGGACGAAGACUUCUUCUACAUGGAGCAUGUCAUACGAAUAGCAGCACUCAUGCACAGUUUGGUAUCGUUGGCUAUGCUGAUCGCCUACUACCAUCUGAAGGUUCCCUUGGCUAUAUUCAAGCGUGAAAAGGAAAUCGCUAGACGUUUGGAGUUCGACGGUCUGUUCAUUGCCGAGCAGCCGGAGGAUGAUGACUUUAAAUCGCACUGGGACAAAUUGGUAAUUUCGGCAAAGUCGUUCCCCGUAAACUAUUGGGAUAAGUUCGUCAAGAAGAAGGUCCGCCAAAAGUACAGCGAAACCUUUGACUUCGACAACAUUUCGAAUCUGUUGGGUAUGGAAAAGAGCUCCUUCAUGGCGCAGGAAAGCGAAGAGGGGGGUUUAAUAAAAUACAUCACCAACAUCGACUGGCGCUACCAAGUGUGGAAGGCGGGUGUUACUUUCACCGACAACGCUUUCCUUUACUCGCUGUGGUACUUCUCCUUCUCCGUAAUGGGCAACUUUAACAACUUCUUCUUUGCUGCACAUUUGCUGGAUGUUGCAGUUGGCUUCAAGACGCUACGAACCAUUUUGCAGUCCGUAACCCACAACGGCAAACAACUAGUGCUCACGGUCAUGUUGCUGACCAUUAUAGUGUACAUUUACACCGUCAUUGCUUUCAACUUCUUCCGCAAGUUCUACAUACAGGAGGAGGACGAGGAGGUGGACAAGAAAUGUCACGACAUGUUGACAUGUUUCGUCUUCCAUUUGUACAAGGGUGUGAGAGCCGGCGGUGGUAUUGGUGACGAAAUCGGCGAUCCGGUCGGCGAUGAAUACGAAGUGUAUCGCAUCAUCUUCGACAUAACCUUCUUCUUUUUCGUCAUCGUUAUUCUCUUGGCCAUUAUCCAAGGUUUGAUCAUUGACGCCUUCGGUGAGCUUCGUGAUCAAUUGGAAUCGGUGAAAGAGAAUAUGGAGUCGAACUGCUUCAUAUGUGGCAUGGGCAAAGACUUCUUCGACAUAGUACCGCAUGGCUUCGAUACGCACGUCCAGAAGGAACAUAAUCUGGCUAACUACAUGUUCUUCCUAAUGCAUUUGAUUAACAAGCCCGACACCGAAUACACCGGUCAAGAGACGUACGUCUGGAACAUGUACCAGCAACGCAGCUGGGACUUCUUCCCGGUCGGUGACUGUUUCCGCAAGCAAUAUGAAGACGAACUGUCUGGCGGUGGUGGCGGCGGUUAAUAUUUCGCAUCGAUGUGAAACUUCAUGACGAAAUUGUGUGACUACCAACCAGCCAAACAAUUUAGGCAAUUUUUAUACCGUUUUUAUCUCUAACUUCAAAUUCACCAACAAAAACAAAAAAAAAACAAUCAAUUUUUACUCUUAAUGUUAAUAUAAAUAUAAAAUGAAUAUAAUAUAAGUUAUAAGUUUAUAUUUUACUCGACUAAUAGUCAAUUCUUUUACUCAUACACCACGAACCAGAAAACAAGUAAAGAAACUUUCUUACCGUUACUGCUAAAUUCUAUUCUUCGACCAACACAAAGUGUGAAAACGCCAUACAAAUAAUGGCAGAUCUAAAACACCUCCUCCGACUACAAAAAUCAGAACAGAAUUUGAAUUGAUUUUACUCUUUGUAUACACUCAAAUCAAACUAAACUCAUAUUGUUGAAUGAAAUUGUACGAUAUAUACAUAUAUUAAAUAAAUUUUAUCUAUUUUAACAGA